AUGAAAGAUCAGAAACACAACAGUGGUGGAGGUGACUCUUCCACAUUCCUGAUUCAUAACGGAAAUCCAGAUUUUGCACCACGAUCUAGAAGAAGGUCCUCCAAUAAUGGAUCUAGACCAAUGAGAAGAAAUGGUAGACUUGCUAAUAUCGAAGCAUCUUCUUUCAAAGCCAACAAUUUUGAUAUCAACGAAGAUGAGGAAUUCAAACUUGCUGCACCAUCACAAACCUUUGGGAAGCAAUACGUGUAUGGUGUUGAUUUUUUGCUAUCACUCAGAAAAUCCGAGUUGAUUGUUAAAUGGGAAGAUGUUCCAGAUAAUGACUUCUGGAGAAAAUAUUCUAAUGCCCAGCCAACUGGCAAAAAGAGAAGUGAUUACAACAAUAGUAGCAACAGUAAUAAUAACAAUUUUUCCAACCCAGACAGUCAAGGAUCAACUGGCGAGAUGGGAUCCUUUUCCAUAAAGCCAACGAAAGGUGAUAGAUUCGCAAAUAGUAGGCCUAAGAAAACUGGCCAUAAAAACUCUGGUGGGUUUUUUGAAUUCGAUGAAGGUGAGGAAGAACCUGAAUGGUUGGUUGAUAAUGACACCAGUUUGGAGGAAGAACGAGCAUCAGGUAUACACCAAAUUGGAAAGACGGUUCAAGAUUUUGAGAAGUGGAAACUAAAAAUGAAAUUGCAAGAAAAGAAGAAGAAUGGUGUUAUAGGAGCCGAUGAGGAAGCCCGAUUAGAUGCGAUUAUCAAUAAUAGAGAUUUCCCAGUUCCUGCCACCGAUGCCAAAGUUGUUGGAAGUGGCGCUGGUGGAUUCUUUACCUUCGGGGCCAGUGAUCCUCAACAAGAUUCUUUACUUAAUACAAGUAUUGAGGACUCUAAACCAUUGGAGGAUCAUCAUGAUUUAGAAGCUCUGGGAAGCUCCAAGUUCUCAUCUUUCUUUAAGCCUCCUCCAGCUUCAUCUGCCGUUCCAGUUUCUCAAUUUACAUCAUCACCAUCACCAUCAUCAUCUUCAUCUUCAUCAUCAGUGACAACGACAACAACAUCAACAAACCCAGCUGCCGACCAAGCUGCUGGUUCAAGAAUCUUGUCAAUGUUGGGUAAGCCAUCACCUCAAACUCGGUCGGCAUCUCAACUUCCUGCAACUCCAAAUGUCCCAGAAGCUAAAUCUACCUCAAACGACAUGUUCUUCAUGACCUUGCUUAACAAAAAUGGUCCUUCAUCAUCAUCUAAGGAACCUGGACCAAUUACUCAACAGCAACAACCGGGCCCAAAAUCUAACAUUAUGGCAUUGUUUGAAAAGGCCUCCACUGGUAAUCAAUCGUCUCCAUUAGUAUCUUCACAACAAUCAUUUCCAAUCAGUCAAUCCCCACAACAGGGACGUUCCCAAGUAGCAACCCCAUUGUCAAGUCAGUCUCCGUUAGUUAAAAAUCAAACUAUUCAACAACAGCAACAUCAACAACAACAACAACAACAACAACAACAAAACCAAAUACAACAACAGCAAAAUCAAAUACAACAACAGUACCAAAAAUCUGGACCUCAACAAUCUUCUAAUCAACAGCAAGAAAAACAACAACAAAGCCUUCCAGGUCCCCAAGGUCCUCCACCUCCAGGAAUACCAAGUCAACAAUAUGGUCCUCCUCAAGGAUUCCCUCCAGGCUUUCCGCCAAUUAAUCACAUUCAACAACUACCACCAGGAAUAAAUCCUGGUCAAUAUGGUCCUCCACCUCCUCACAUGCAACAACCAAUGGCUGGUGUUCCUCCUCCAGGAUUUCUCAAUCAACUACCUCCAUGGUUGGCAAAUGGCAACAACAGUUCUGAAAAUGGUGGACGUCCAAUCCCAAUUCCACCUAACGGUCAGUUCAUGAUGAGCCCAAACCAACAGCAACAACAACAACCUCAAAAACGUGGCGGUCCAAUGAAUUCUGGGGCUUAUCCAAUGUUUGUAGGGCCAGGUAGACCAAUGCCUCCUCCUGGUGUGAUGCAUCCGGGAAUGGUGCCUCCACAUUUGCAACAGCAUCACCCACGUCUUCACCCUCAACAACAGUCACAACAACCACAACGCGGUGGCCCAGUCCCACCAAAUCUCUUUGGCGGUGCUCUUCAAAGUUGA